GUGUGUUAUGUGUAUCAAAUGUGGUUCCAAGUCAGCUGGCAUUAACUGUGUCUGGCAAGAGAACUACACUCUUUGUGGACCAUGUGCUAGCUUUGUUGUUUGUUGUUUGUGCCAGCAAGAAUAUGAAGAGAAUGAAUUAAUCAUCCAGUGCCAAAGAUGUGAAAGGUGGUUGCAUGGAAUGUGUGAUCAAAUUGAUACUGAAGAUCAAGCUGAGAAGUGUGCAGAGUAUGGUUAUACUUGUCCACAUUGCAGACCUCCAGAUGAGUUACCUCCACAUCUGUUGCCUCCUCCUAGAACUCCAACUCCUGAAAUUGAACCAGUUCCAGAGAAAAAUGAAUCACCUGUUGCAAAGGUCAAAGAGCCUGAGCCUCCAGUUGUCAAGACCAAACAUCCAGUACAAUAUUAUUUUGAUGGCGUCUGUUUGUCCGAGAGUGGGAUGCAGUACAUCAAGUCUUUAGUUCCAGAUCUACCAAAGAAAUUGCCAAGACCUCGAAAACUGAAGCAAGGUCUGUUAGGAUUGAUAUCCUCUCAGGAUGCUAUGAAAUCAGUAUCACUUCAACAGCUGGAGAAAAAUGAAGAUUCAACAUCUGUUGCCGGUAAUGAGGAGAAUAAAAUGGAAUCAGCAAGUGUGGAUGAACUUGCUCUUAAGGCCUAUGAUUUUGAUGAAGGGAAAUUGGAAUCAUCCACUUCAAAAGAUAUGGAUUGUGCAGGUGAAAAAAAGAAAAGGCCAAGGAAGCUACAAAAACUGGGUAUUGGUGGAUUCAUUGUAAAACCACGAGGUCGUUGUUCUUCUGCAAAAGAAUCAGCUCCUGACCAAGGUGAAAUAGUUGGACAGCCAUGUGAGUCUCCAUUUCAAGGUGAAUCUCCCAUGAUAACUGAAAAUAAUGAAUUUGCUGGAACUGACAAACCUAAACGUAAGCGGAAGCCAAAGAAAAAAACUCAUUUGGAUGAAAGUUUUCCAAAUUAUCUUCGUGAUGCGUUUUUUGGGAAAGAGCUUUUGAUGUCUUGCAAAAAGCUGGGAAAGUCGAUGGAAAUCCAUGAUUCUACUGAUGUUGCUUCUGAAAAUAGUGCAAGCCAGACAAAGGCCUUUUCAGAAGAUCAUGUAAAACGAAGCCAACCACCUCGAGAAACUGGCUUGGUCACACCUGAAUCUAAGCCUCAAGAUAUGAAAGAUUUCAUGAGUUCAGCAGGAACUGGAAACAAAGUCGACAAAGAUGUGAAUAAAACAAAUGUUAUAUACAAGAGUGUAAUCAAAUCUGAAAUUGAAAGCAUCAAAGAAGAGCAUUUAUCUUCCACAUCGAAUCUAAAUUCUGAUUCCUCAGGACUUCCUCAAAUGGAUAGCAAAGAUGUUGAAGAUGUUUUUCAAGGAGUUAUUCAGGACCGCAGGAUGUCAAAUGUGGUUCAGUUUCGUUCAACAACGGUUUCAAAAAAUCCAGCUGCCUUUGUAAUGCAGCAGGCUUCAACACCUCAAGGAAUGAGUCAGUCAGGCUUACACCCUAGUAUUAUCCAAAGUUUGCAACAUCCAGAUUCUAACAGCUCAUGGCCAGAUUCAGAGUGUGAUCAGUCACAGAUGCAGAAAAACAUUUUAAAAUGGGAGUCUGAUGAACAUUUAGGACUGCUGUCUACUAUAUCCCCAGUGUUAUAUGCAAAUAUAAAUUUACCUCAUUUAAAAAUUGAAUAUCCUGUUUGGUCUGAUAGAGUAAAGCAGAUUGCCAAAAUUUGGCGUAGCUUACCUGCUGAGAAACGCCAGCCAUAUUUGCAAAGGGCUCGGGAAAAUAGAGCUGCAUCUCGGACACAAAGAUCUAAUAGCUCUGAUUCAGAUAAAACACAGAAAGAAGCAAAAACACCGGAAGUAGAUCCUGAGAAACAAUGGAAACAGUUUCAGGCUUUAAGACAGUUGCAACAGCAAGCGCAACAACGAAUAAUACAAGAACAGCGUGUUCAAGCUGCUGCUGUGAAAACCCAGACAGAAAAAGUUGAUAGUAGUACAACAGUUACUGAAUUAGAAAAGAAUAUUAAAUUAUUUCAUUCCAAAUCUACGUCAGAAAUUCCACAGUACCCAAAUGUUACCCUUGCCGAUGAUGGUAUAUUAAGUAAAGAUGCAAGAACAAAGAGCUUCGAAAAGAGAUGGUCAUCUUCGGCUAUAGAAUUGAAUGCAACUGAAAGGGUGAUGGAGGGAAGUAAAGUUAAGCUUGAAGUUCAGCCAUUGCCUCAGCAGUCUUUUGUUCAGGAAAGAAUUUCAAACUCUCUUAUUUCUGUAGCAAGAGUAAGACCACCUUUAGAACCUCAAUUGUCGAUUCCCGAUGUAAGUGUGUCUCCAUCCAUGAUUGUGAAAGCGAGUUCCGAUACUUUUCAGUCAUCAUCUCCAUUAGCACAGGCAUCACGUGGAAUACCUCAGAAGCAGACAUUUCCUCCUCAGGCAAAUUCAAGAGGUACUGUGUUGCUGAACAGAACUGAAAUAGUAAGGGUUGCGACACCAACUACCCCAAAAGAGACGUUAAAUACGCCUCCACCGACUCCAAGACCACACAGUUCUGAUUCUUUUUUUCAAAUGACUGUUUCUCCCCAGUCGCAACUGCUAGCAUCACUGGACACACACUCACAGCCUACACCAGCUCGUGCUAAAUUAAUUAAAGCUGAGACUACAUUCGAAAUUCAGCAAACUUCUGGAAAUACAGCAGAUUCUCAAGGCUGUGCAAAUUAUUCUCCUUCUAAAGCUGCUGUGUCUGGAACAACCAUUUCUAAUCUUCAAUCUUCACUAUCAGACAGUCCAAAAACUCAGUUGCCACAAUCUGUUGAGCAGUUUGUUCUACAGCAAAGCCCAGAAUUAUCCUCUGCUAAUAUUGUUAAGCAGUUAUCCCACCAUUACAAAGAAUCUUAUCCUCCAGAAAGAGAUGCAGUUUUAGUGCAGGAAAAGCCAUUUGAUCAACAGAAUUUUGAGCACUUCUUGCAAGGAAGUCGAGUUACCAUUUCUUAUCCAAAUAAAAUUGAUUCCCAUCAACAGUUAAGGGAUUUGCUGCAAAACAAAAAGUCAGGUGAACCAGUUGUUGAAGAAAGAAAGCUAUCAGUUAAUGAACAUUCAUCUCAAGAAGUGUCUGAUUCUUCUAGCAGUUUAAAACUGAGUGAUGUCAUUUGUGAUACUUCGUCUAGUAUCCAAACUAACACUCCAAACACUAACCAAUCAUUUUCUGCCUCACUGACAUCGCAGAUGACAUGCAGUGAGACAGAAAUUCAAGAUCCUCUACCACAGGAUAAUGUACAGAAAGAAUAUACAUUGCUUGAAAAUGAAAAGAAGAUGGAACAAGAUGUGGAAGAUGUUCCCUUACCUGCUGAACGUGAUCCAAAGGAUGAUGUUGUGUGUUCUGAAUCUGGAAAGAAGAGGAAAACUACUGCCGGUGAUCUUGUGAAAGAUCUUGAAACACAACAGGAGGAGCAUGAUGCUAUUGCUGUUGGAUGCAACCUUGAUGUUUUGACUGCUGAUGUUGGAGAAUUAGAGCUUGAUGAUGAUGAACUGCUUGGGCUUGGUAAUGACUUCAAUAUAUUAGAAUAUGCUGAUCCUGAAUUGGACAAAAGUCUCGUAGGUGAGGGAGAGAAAAGUAAUAUUUUAGAUGAGCAUUUAGAUUUAGAUGAUAAAGAUGAAGAAUUGGAAGACGAUGUAAUUAAGGAGCAGGAUACACAAGAAAAAGACCUAUUACCUCAAGAAAUUUCUAGUAGUGAUAAGAAAGAUUUAAGUGUUGAAAAUCAGAAGUGCAAUGAUAAUAUGGAACAAUCUAAAUCUUCUCAUUUGCAUGAAACAUUUUUAGAUUUUAACAAAAAAGGUCUUGAAACUGAUAUGGUAUUUGAGAAUUCUUUUAAGGCUAAAAAUUUAGAAAGUUGUGUAGACAGUCCUACUGUAGAUCAGGUUGUGAAUACUGUUAAAGAGGAACCUAAACAGACAUUUUCAAGUUGUAGUUUAUCAUCCCAAACUUUUUCUCCUGGCAUUGAUAUAAAACUGGAAAAAAGUUCUGUUGAAACUUGUUCCAUUCAGAAGACUCCAACUAUGUCUUUCAAUCCUGCAUCUCAGAAUUUAGCUCCUCAGCAUUCUGGAAUACGGUGUUCUGAACAGAUAUUGCCUCCACCAUCAUAUCGAAUGGUGACUACUCUUAAGCAUACACUUGGAACCCAUCAGACUCAACAAAAUGCUACUCUCCAUCCCCAAAAUAAGGCUUUGUUUCCUCUUCAUAUCAAUAUGAACAUUCGGCCAGAUUUAUCUUUAUCUCAGCAAAAUGUCAUUCCAAAUGUUCAAGCCAAGCCACUUUUACUGCAAGAACAACCACUUCUUCUUGAAGAACUAGUAGAACAAGAAAAGAGAGAGCAACGACGGCAGACCCAGGAAGGACUUAUUUCUCCACAUGGUGAUGCGCUGUUGAGUGAUAUUGAUUUUGAAAGACUCAAAGAUGAUGUUUUCUCUGGCCCCCCAGAUGACAGUAUUGGUGGUCCAGGAACUCUACUAGGUUCUCAUGAACCUUCCCUACCAACAGCAGUAUCUCCUUCUGUGGGAGUGUCUUCUCCUGGUGUGCAUAAUUUUGGACCUCCUCCAUAUUCAUUACUGUGGCAAAAUCAAGAUGCAUCUGUUCCUUUGGCUUCUCGACCUUUAACAGUAAUGCAAAAUUUAAAAACUAAAACUCCUGUCUCAACAGUAUUGGGGCCUUUAGGUUCAAUACCUGCAUCUGCAAUAGCCCAGAAAAACCAGACUGUAACAGGUAAUAUUAUCCCUCGUACUUUCAACCAGAGUUUUGUAUCCACACCCUCUAGUCAAACUGCUGACCCGAAUAUUGAUCCAGAGAAGCUAAAGAUGAUCAAUUAUGAAAAGUAUCUCUCACAGCAGCAUGCUUUAAUAAUUUCUCAACAAAAGUAUUUUGAGACUGAAGUGUCCAAGUUAAGAAAAGUCAAGAAAGCCUUGAAUGCUAAACAACGCCAGUUACGAAAAAAUGGAUCAGAGUUGACUGAAAAUGAUUCAUCAGAACUUAUGAGAGUUUCUCAGGAACAGGCUACAUUGCAGAAACAACUUGAUCAGGUUCGUAAGCAGCUAAAACAAAACAGUUCAGCUAUGAAUGAUUACAAUGCAAAACAACAAAAGAGACUUCAGCAACAACCGCAGCAAGUUGUUCCAAGAAGUCCUUUGCACACUUCUGUGAGCUCCCUUCAGUCAUCGCCACAGAACUCUCAGUCUCCUCUCCAGUUUAGUCAUACUGCACCCCAGUCACCCAUGAUGCCUCCAUCCCCGGUGUGUUCGUCAAAUUCAGUUCGUAUCCAGCAUUCACCUUCCCCUCUGAUGCAGUGUCCUGUAUCUAUGGCUUCUUCAUCUGGGCAUCAGACUGGCGGGCAUUCUCCUUUAUUCUCGCAGCAAAUUCCACGGCAGUUCCAAAUGGUGAAAAGUGAUGGCAAAAAUUGGGUUAAUCCGGUGAAAGUAACGCAAGUGCAGGUAGUGUGCAAAACUAUUUUUUUUCUCCCUAGUGAAACCCUAUUUGGUAUGAAAUUUCAUUUGUGUCAG